ACUGGAACAAGAUCGCCAAGGAUGGCUCCAUUGCCGGCUGGUACACCAGCGAGGACUCCUACUCUAGCUUCAGCCUCCCCGCCGGCGCGACCCAGUACCUUGCUAUCCAGAACGGCACCGGUGGCGCUGGUACCUGCCAGCCCUCCAGCGUGGCCCCCGUCACUGACGCCGACUCGGCCCUCCUGUACACCUGGAUCGAGUGGGAUGCCGUCGACGUGACCACCACCUGGUCCGCCUUUGACGUCUCCUCCAUCAUGGCUCAGAACGCUGACGGCACCGUCAACGGUGUGGAGGCCUGCACUCUGGACGGCUCCACCUGCUCUUCCAUCUCUGCCGGUGCCGCUACCGUCACCAACGCCUUCGAUGCCGCGCUUGCUGCCGCUGACGGUCUCGGCUACAACACUGCUGGUACCCUCAAGUUCAAGGUCAACCUGGGCUUCUAAGAAAAGGAUAUACCCCCCCGGGAUUGCACUGGUUCUGUUCUUUUUCCUUGGAUUUUGGUUGACGGUUUGAAGUAAACGGGAUUGGAUCGAGAGACCUAGAGAUUUGGGACUCGUGCACAGCUGGCGUAUUUUUAUAUCUCGCUAGGUCUCGAGGAGAGAGGAGAGAAGGGAAUUUCCGGAUUACCUUCUCGACACAAAGUUUUUUCAAGGCGUACAAACUACAUCGGCUGGCUGGUUCACACGUGGCAGGCAUGGCAAAUGCCUUUUCUUCUAGUGUCUAUUGAUAUCAAUUGCUAUUUUCUUGAAAUUUGACGAAGCCAAUUUUUCAAAC